AUGCCUACUUAUGGAGGUAGCUACUCGAAGGGAAAAGAGCUGGUAGUCUUUAACACUUCUCUUGAUGAAGAUGAGGAUGCAUUUUACAAGAUAAAUUGCCCCCUCUCUUUUUCUCUCUGUUCAAAACAACUUGAUAAUGUGCCUAUUACUUCGGAAUGGACAGAGGAAUUUUCAUUCAAAAUAGAGAGUGGAGAUAUUCCAUCAAAAUACCAUAAUGUAGCACUUGUAGUUGGCGUGACUGGCAUCUCUGGCAAUAGUCUUGCGGAUAUCCUUCAACUAUCCACUAUUCCUGGUGGCCGCUGGAAGGUCUAUGGAGUUGGGCGGCGGCGUCAACCUGAAUGGCAAUUUCACCACAACCAUGUUCAAUAUAUCCAGUGUAAUAUGGUUGAUCCUGAAGACUGCCAAGCUAAACUUUCACAUCUGAGUGAUGUAACUCAUAUUUUCUAUGUGGGAUGGGUUACCAAACCCACUGAACAGGAAAGUUCUGAUGAAAAUGGGAAAAUGCUUCGUAAUGUUCUUAAUGCGGUGAUACCUAAUGCGCCAAACUUGAAGCAUAUUUGUCUUCAAACAGGUCAGAAAUAUGCCCUCCCUUGUUUGGACUCAUCGGCUGAAAUUCAACAUGAGCCUCAAUUCGUUGAGGAGUUCCCAAGGGAAGAUAUUACUGAUAGUUACUAUGCUAUGGAGGAUAUAUUGGAUGAGGAGGUUCAGAAAAAGGAGAAGCUGACAUGGUCAGUCCAUCGACCUGCUGUGAUGUUUGGGUUUUCUCCUUACAGUACUAGGAACAUUGUUGGGUCACUGUGUGUUUAUGCAACAAUUUGCAAGCAUGAAGGACAACCCUUAAGGUUUCCAGGAAACCAGGCAGCUUGGGAUGGUUACUCAGAGGCUGGAGAUGCAGACUUGGUUGCAGAGCAGCAAAUAUGGGCAUCACUUGAUAACAAAGGAAAGAAGCAAGCAUUCAACUGCAGCAAUGGGGAUCUGUUUAAGUGGAAAGAUCUAUGGAAGGUAUUGGCUGAGGAAUUUGAAGUAAAAUUCCUGGAAUUCGAAGAAGAAUCGAAUAGCCUUGAAGAAAUGAUGAGAGAGAAAGGUCCUGUAUGGGACGAGAUUGUUCAAGAAAAAGAUCUACUGCCAACUAAACUGGAGGAGGUUGGGACUUGGUGGUAUGUUGAUUCAAUUCUGAGAUCAUCUGAAGCUGUAUUAGACAGUAAUAAUAUUAGCCGGGGAAUGGAAAAAAGCAGGAAUUACGGAUUUGGGGGUUCCAGAGAGACUGCAGAGUCUUUUCGUUUUUGGAUCGAACACACAAGAAGGUACAAGAUUAUUCCUUAA